AUGAUGCAAGCGGCCAAUCCACCUCCACCAUCGCAAUCCGCUGCGGUGGCAUGCUCCUCAACUCGCUCCAGCUCGAGUGCUGACGCAAUCCCGCACUCGUCCCGCCGCGAAAGGGAGACUGCUUCGAUUCAUCCAGCGAUCCGAUUUGUGGCCAACCAUCACCGCCAACACAAUCCUCACGAUCCCAAGCUCAGAGCCAAGCCUAGCUUCAAGUCACGCCGAUCCUCGCUUUUCGGCGCUAUGCUCAAGUCCAAGGAUGAUCAUCAUCACAAGCUCGGCAAGUCGAGCUGGACAACUUCACCUCCGCUCGCUCCGAUCAUUACCAGACCACAAGCUUCCAGUGCCAUUUCCCACAAGCACACUCACUCACUGCCCAUGGCCGCCCCAAGCACAUCUCACCAAAGCAUCCGCACUCUCCAAACUGCUGACAGUGGUUCCUCCAAUCAUGCCGAGCAAAUGAAGCGACACGGCGAUACGCGCACCGCCAUCUCAUCUCCUUGUCAACAGAUUCAGUCUUCAUCUCGCACCCAUCACCCAUCGCAAACCGAGGCGGAGCGACGCUGCCUUCACCAUGGCCGCUCCUCACCACCAAACACUUUAUCACCUUCACCCAUAGAGCUUGUGCAACGAUCCUCCUCCACCUGCUCUUCCGCGAAUGCCAAGAGCAUCCACUUUGCCGCCAUUUCAGGUCAGCCUUCGCCUCCUUCCAUGCAUGCCGCCUUUGAACCAGCACAGACACAGCUUCAGGAUGGCGCUCAGAGUCCAGAAUUGACGAGCACCCCUUUCACACCAGACUCCGCCACCACCACAGCCCAGUCGACUCCAGGCCAUCUCCUCGAUGCCUCUACCAACUCACAAAGUCCUCUGGAGAUGCAAGCUCAGAGCAGCGCUCACCCACCUUCCUCCUCGUCUGCAAGAGAGGUCUUACCUUUGCAUCUUGCGCCGCCAUGCAGUCGCGAUCCCUCUGCGAUUCCGACACCUAUCAUUGUACCUUGCAUUGUAACAGAGGCAAGCAUUCACUCUGGCGCUACGCACAUGAUCAACCAGCCUGACGACAGCACUACCAUCCCUCUCCCAGAGGCCGCUCCAACACAGCCAUCACACUUGCCGCCUAUCAAGCUCUUUCACGCAUCGGCAUCGCAGGACAAUCUCGUCGAUUCAGAGCUCCCACGAUCCACCUCCGCCUCCACCUAUGCCACCUCUGCCUAUGCCACCUCUGCCUAUGCCACCUCUCCGCAGCGCUUCUCUAGCCUCGGCAGGAGAUCGCCUGCUCGCCUAACCCUCCUUCCUGACCUGCCGGAUCCGCGUUCACUUCCUCGAACCGCAGCUCGCGACAUCACUGACGAGCUCGAUUCACCCACCUCUCCCGAGCAGGUCCAAGCUCGCGCAGAACGUUGCAUGAGCAUGCUCAACUUCCUCGUCGCCGACUCAACCGCCGCAUCAUCCCUCCAGUUGGCACAGGCUAGUCUUUCGGCAGAACACCUACCUCGUUCCACUCCAGCUGCUCAACGGCCUCCCGCAUCCAUUCCUCUGGUUCAAGCUAGUCGACAGCUCAGGCUUGAAGCGGCUGCCGCUCGUGCCAAGACGCUUCCGCCAAGCAAGGUCGAUCUCUGUGAGCACGUAAAUGUCAGUGUCGAGCCUAUUCUCGAUCGUCUCACAAUGUUCGGCUCGAUGCAGUCUAGCUCCAACUACUCUCUGGCCGGCACCGUCGUUGUCCAAGUGCCUAAACUCAACCUUCCACGCCUCUCUGCUGCUGCUGCCGCGCUCGCACCUCAUGGCACAACCACCGAUCGUCCUACAGUUCAUGUCGAGGCGCUGACAGUACGUUUCAUCGGCUAUUCUCUCUACGUCGAUGCGACAGGAAGAUUCAACGCCAUCAAGUUGGCAGAACUAUCUCAGGAGCUCCUUCAGCCACAAGGCUUCUCAUGCCCUGUCGAGCUCCUCCAGACGAGCACAGAAGAGCGCGCCACCUCUCCAACCGACGAUCCUGCCACCAAGGCAGCGCAGUGCCACAUUAACAAGCAGUCGCUCAAGUACGAGACUGAGUUCGACCUCUCCAUCCCCGGUUGGUUGCCAGCCUCCCAACGUUCGCGUUUCGGAGCAACAUUCUACUGUCUUCAAGCAACGGCUAUCGUCGAGGGUCAAGCCAUUCUUUCGGCUUUCUCAGCUUUCAAUGCCCUUGGUUCUGACAGUGGGUCCAGUCAACCUUUGGCGAUGCACCUGGCGCACUCGCUCCAGUCUGAGCUCGUCGAGCCAGUCAUCAGCAAGAACACAUUGGAGCGAAAGAGCAGUCGAAGCAAGUCCAAGAACACCUGGCUCAACAAGACAGCAAAACAGCUUCAGCUUAGGACCUCUAGGAAAUCCACAGGUCCGGACGCCGAUCAGGCCCGCUCUCACAGUAGCAGCUGCCGCCCAUCCGCCUCGGCCUCAAAGGAGACUGCCUCGCCCCUACCUGGCGAAAGCGACCCACUUUUCACCAAGACAUCCGAAGCCUCUAAUCAGCUUCUUCCGAACGGUAAGCAUUCCAUCAAGAGUGCAUGUCUCGCUAUCCUGGUGAGGCGCUGCAGAGAUGUUGUGCCAGUGCCUGUUGCAAGGCUCGCUAGGCUAGCAACUGCAAGUCAAGUGUUGCGCGCAGAUGGUCUUCCACCUUCCCUUUCACAGAGCAUCGUAGCUCUCGCCAGACUCCAGGAGAUGCCCGAUGCUGUCACCUCCUCGCUCUCAGCCGUUACCAAUCGCCCUCACAUUUCUGCUUCCGUUUCCGCACCUGUUUCACUCGCAUCUCUAGCCGCUCAUCGCCAAUCCCAGGUUGGUCAUGCCGCGCCGACAUCUGUUGCUCAACCUUGUGCUGAGAGUGGCUCACUGUCGCCCAAUGCUAGUGCGAGCGAGGCCCUCAACUCCACCGACGCUGCUGCUGCCACAUCUGCUCCGCCAGCCCUUGCGCCAUCUCCCAGGAUUGAUGCAUAUCCAACCAACUGGGGACAGGCAGAGCGCGCAGAGCCAAACGUGAUCAUGCCACCUGCCCCAAGUGCUUUCGAUGCACCCAGAGAUCCAGCCAAGCUCGCCGCCGCGGCGUCAAGCCUGACACCUUCAGCAACGCUGCCCAACUUGCCAAGCUCGAUGAGCCGCGCCUCGUCUCUCUUUGACUCCCGCUUUGGCAAUGCCAACUCGCCUCCACGCACAUCCUCCAGGUCAGCAUCCCUCGGCCGAUCUUCCGCGCCACUGCGACACUUUGUCCAUCGUCCCACCUUGCAACUGCCUCCUGAGCUUGGUGUGACGCCAGACAAGGACGCUGCUGGCGGGCUCAACUUUUCUCUGACCCUCUCACUGCCAUCACAUGUUCACGUUGCUGGUCCCAAGAGCGACGUGCUCAGCUUCGGCAUCCAGAUUGAAGUCGGCAGGACAGAAGGCUGGGAUGCCCUGCGCAAAUGGGGUGGACUGCGGCUCAAGGACAUGGAGUUGGUGUGUCUGCAGACCGAAAGGCACAGCUCUAUGCCCUCGCGCUCCUUCUGUGCUACUUUCCCUCUUCCGCCACCACCCAACCGCGUCGACGCAGCUGACCUGCCUGUAGUGACGUCUACACGAAAGACGCCAGUCGCCUCUGACGAUGCACAAGCCGCAGCAGCCGAGAUGCGUCUUCGUCAGAGCUACGAUCGCUCCCUGAUUCUGAGCCAUAUCUCGCUCGCAAACCAGGGGAAAGCGCCUCAUCCAGUCGAGCACAAUGUCGAGCGCAUUCGCACCACCAUUGUCGGGCCACCGCCCUUUCCCCUUGGCAAGCCAGGAGAGGAGGCAAACAAGCAAGACUCAGACAAGGCACGAAAGGGCAAGACAAGGGUCAAUAUCAACAACAGUCUCGCCCGAGGGUCGAGCGGGUUCGCAAGAAGCCCAACGCGAGACAGUCCUGCAGGCUCCGGCACUCAUACUCCUGAUGGCACUUCACAGAGCGCCGGUAUAAGCAGUCUCAGAGCUGCCUUUGCUCCCACUGCACCAGUCAACUCAAGCUCGCAUGCAAGCGUGAUGCAACCGCUGCCGCGUGCUUUGGCACCUUGCAACAACUCCAGCAGCUCGUCUCUCAGACAAGCGUUCCAGGGCUCAGAUGGCUCCAACAGGAUACAGCGUGCUCCUCGUGCAAAUACUGCAGCUGCACUUUCGGGGUUCAGCUCAUCGCCCAACGCGCCUAGCCGUAGCCGGCGACCAAUCCCGUUCGACAUUGGCGUGAGGGAAACAACGGUGACAGCAGGACUCAGCAACACAGUCGACGCCAGUGGCGCGGACGCUGCAGAGUCUGACGAGACACCAACAAAUUCGUCUUCCCAAGCUGGCUCACAGCAACUUCGAGUUCCCGCGCGUUCUAACUCGGACGAAGACAACAGCCUGGACCGGUGGGAUAGGCCGGAGAGCUCGUCUCGUGAUCGAGAGACCGCAGCAGCAUCGUCGUCGUCGUCGUCGUCUGCUGCUACGAGGAUGGGCGUCAGCUCGAGUGUGACUGCUACAAGAUCGGCAAAUCGCCCAGCACCUAGGAGGAGCCGCUUCGAGACCGCAAUCAGUCGAUUGUCGACUUUCGCCAGCUCGAUGCUGGAGCAGCCCAUGGAGCCGUCAACGUCGUCGACCCACGGUAGUAGCCAAGACGUUCGAGCAGCUCUUAGUGCCGGAUCAUCUGCCAGCAACGGAGCGGCGACAGCGAGUCUGCGUGCUACCUAUGCUUUUGCAGGUGAUGAUGGUCAAGGGGUGGACCUUACAAAGGGUCGCGUUCGUAUGACCAUCAAUCUUCCCUUGGUACCUAGCGACGUGGAUGCGGCUCGCAAGGCUGGCAGUGCGCAACUCAUGCCUGACUUUGAAAGCCCUUACGUGCGAGUCCGACACAAGCUCAAAGUCAAGCUCGGCUUUGGGAUGAAGUCGAAUGUUGCUACGGCUCAGGACGGCGAAGAGUGGGCGCAGGCUCUGGUCAUGUGUGUACCAGUGCGUUUCACCGAAGCGCCUCCAAAGGAGGUGCAAGAGCAGUUUGGUCCUGUCAGCCUCGUGCCUGACGGUGGGCGAUCUGCGGCUACUGGUGAAGCGAUCACCGCUGACCAAGUCCGAGGAGCUGUGGCCUCUGCAGCGGCAGCAUCGGAUGCAACUGAUUCACAGCAAAGCUCAGCCCUGCCAGCGACAUUUGCUGAGCCUCUUUUGCCUGCUUAUGCGCAACUCUUCCGCGACGAUGGAUCACGAUUGGCAGACGAGGGUGAAGAUCUACCGCGUUACCCAGGAAGAAUGUCGGUUGUGGGUGAGAUCGACGAAGAUCCGUCAAGCGAUGCAGCUGCUGCAGCGGAAGCUGUUCAGAGGGCCGAGCCAGCUUGUUCCAAUUUGCAGACAUCCAAGGCCCUUGGGACUGUGGACGAGGAUCAGGCGCGCGAGUCAAACUCUUCUUGGACUGAAGCACCAGUCUAUUUGGCUGCUAGCAACAAUGAGUUCAUGCACAGGUCCAGGCCCGGCUCUUGGCGAUACGAAGCGGCGACAUUGCCUCGACUGCCGACCUUGGGGAGAUCGCCACGGGGGCCAACAUUGAUGGACCGGACCACCAGUCUUGCUGGACAGCGCAUUCUUACGCAAACCGACUCGUCGGGUGUGUUCGGAUUACGAACACCACCUUCACAUCCGACGUCGCCUAGACAGAGUCAGAGCGCCACAGUGUCGUCUUUCGCCGAGAAAGAGAGCAAUGCAGAGGGCAAAGCAAGGGUUGGAUCAUCAGCCUUUGAUCCCUUGCCACCACGUCCUGGAAUGCGCCGACGAUCUGCUACAACAGCAUUGCCGGUCACCUUUAGCCGCAUCACACCUGCUGAGGUGCUAGACGAGGCACUGGUCACAAGCGCUCUUGAAGAUGAAGAAGAACGCAUGGACAGGAUGCAGCCUUCGCACACACUUGAAAGUCUGGGAGCAAGAUCACAGCGUGGUGGUGUUGAGAUGAUGGAUGGAUCUGGGCCGGACGAAGAGGAUGACGAGGAAGUGAUGGUUGGAGAGAUGGACGACGAUGAUGAAGAAGAUCUCAACAUGGACGCAGUGGACAGUCGCGAAGCUGAGAGUAAUGCCAGUCAUUCUAGUAUGGGGAUGCGCAUACACCGUUCAAGCACACAACAGACGGCCCGCAGCGAGGGAGAAGAAGAUCAAGAAGGGGAAAACGUCGAGAUGAGUAGAGCCAUGUAG